AUGGCUCCCUCGGGAGGCUAUCCAGCUCGUGCCGCGCUCACCAGCGGCGCCCGGGCGGCCACCCAACGGCGAACGCGGGUGGCAGAACAUGAGAGCUACUGCUCUUUGGAUGGAGGGAAUCCCGCCAAGCUCCCUCGCCCGCUAGUGGGGAUCGACGCAGAGGCUGUGUAUGGGUCCAUCCACGAGGAGACCCCAGGCGAUGCUCCAACGAGCCCCACGAGCCCGAGCACGAGCCCCACAGAGAGGGAUGUGGCCCGAGAGAAGAAUGCUGCGAGGCAGUUUCUGUGGACCACCGUAGACGCAGCCCUGCUGCGGCCCAGCGAAGUCGCCGCUUCCAUUCCUCUUCCCCUGGCAGCGGUCUUGACCCCUUUUGCAGACAGUGCCGAUUUCACAUCGCUGCCCAUCUCCAUGACCGGCGAUGACGAGCCUCUUCGGUGUCCACGCUGUAGGUGCUAUGCCAACCCGCACUUCAAGUGGAGUGUGAAGGACAACGGCAAGUUUCAGUGCAACAUGUGUGGCCAUACUUUGGACGUUCCCCAGCAGUUCCUGGAAGACAUGGAACGGAACGGCCAGUGUGCGGAUGCCGACACGCAUCCAGAGCUCGUUUACGGAUCCGUAGACUUCACCGCCGGGGCGCUCUUAGAGGAGGAGCUCCAGAGGCCUCUGUGUCCAUUCGUGUGCUUCGCCGUGGAGACAACGCCCUGGGCCGUCCGCCACGGCUUCGCCGCCGCGGCCUUGGAAUCCUUGCAGCGGGCAGUGGAGGCGCCGCAUCCCUUGGAGCGUCCUGUCUGUAUCGUGACUUUCGACGAAGUUGUCACAUUUUACGAGCUCACUCCUGUGGGGCGCUUCCGUGCUGUGGUGAUGCCGGACCUCGAGGAUCCCUUCCUGCCCGUGAACCCGGAGGCUCUCGGAGUUCACCUGCAAGACCCGGAGCAGAAAUCAUCUUUUCUGGAGCUCCUGGCCGCCCUGCAGAGAGAGUUCGCGCAGGCCACGAGGCAGCAGGAGCCUUUGUCGCCCUUUGGCAAGGAGCAAGACCCUUUCCAUCUACAGGAAGAGACGCAGGAUGUAGCGAGCACAGCCGUUUUGCGAACAAGCGUCCAAGCUCUUACUGCCAUGGGCGGAGGCGAUGUUGUACUUUUCCAGGCCACGGUGGCUGAGAGCUGGGUCGGAGAGAGCGACUCCUCGGCCGAAAAUGACGACCCGCUCUCCCCAAAAACGCCAAAGACGCCGAAGACGCCGAAGACGCCCAUGGGAACGCCCCUGAAGAAGAAGAAGCGCAGCUUUCUGGAGCAGAUGCAUCGCACUUGCUGUCGAACAGGUGUGGCUGUCAGUGCAGUGACGGUCGCUCGCGAGGGCUGCGAUGCCACAAAACUCCACUGGCUCCCCUGGCGAACGGGUGGAGAUGUGCUGCAUCUGCCAACUCUCGGAUCUGGAGCGGGUCGGAACAUGGCCCAGCAUCUGCAGCACUGGAUGAGGAAGAUGCAAGGUAGUGCCUACAACUGCGUGGUUAAGCUCCGCUGCAGCAAAGGCCUGAGCUGCAAGUCCUUGUUGGCCCCGUGGCCGGCGGCGGCCUCAUCGGGCGACCAAAGCGCCUUCGAGGCGCCCAGGCUCUCGCCGGAGAUGUCCGUGACUUUCAUCCUUCGGCCCGAGAUCGAGCCAGACCAAGAGGAGGACUAUGCCCGCAUCCGCGAGCGGAAGUCUUUAUUUGUGCAAGCUGCUAUUUUGUACACCAACUCCAAGGGGGAGCGGUUGUUGAGGACCCACACGCGGAGCUUGACUGUUCCCAAUUCUGUGAGGCAACUCUACCAGAGCGUGAACCUGGCGCCACUGAUGACGGUCCUGCUGAAGCAGGCUGUGGCAGUGGCGCUCGACCCUACCCAGUCGGCCAAGCUGCCGAGGGAUCUUUUGCUGGAGAGCUGCAUCCAGAUUCUCGGUACGUUCCGGAGACGGUGCGUGGAACACGCAACCAAGAAUUGUUUAGUCACGAAUCGGCAAUUAUUGCUGUUUCCUCUUUACGUCUUGGCAGCACGCAAGCUGCUCUAUGCUCUGACAAACUCCAAGGAGGACAAGGCUCAGGUGGAAGAGUCCCUGCAUCGGAUCUUGAGGAUGCCAAUCCACAGUGUCAUGGUGGCCCUGUACCCACGGGUAUACCCUUUGCCGGCAGAUUCACCCGAGGGGGUGGAUCUUCCCAGGGCAAGCGCUGCCCUGGAGGACGUUGUGACGAGGGGUGCCGCGCCGGCGCACCUCAUCACCAACGGCUUGGGCAUGUGGUAUCAUCAGACAGGCGUCCCCGAGCGAGAAGAAGAACUCCGUGAAGCUGCCUCAGAGCUUGCGCAGAGGAUCCGCGAAGUUCUCCAGCCCAGCCAGGAUUGGGUGCCCUUGACCGAUCUCCCGCGGCUGCCGACAGCCGCUCUCGAGGAGAAGAUCGGUCCAGAAUCCACCCCCAGCGGACGACCUCGAUACGGAAGUCGCACGCCUGGCAUCAACGGGUCGCCACCCAGCCUCCCCAUCGGAAAGGGUGCAGAGCAAAUCAGCUGGCCCGAGAAGGUGAUGCUUUCAGCGAUCUUCGUAGAAGACGCUGGGGUCACCGAAGGGUCCUAUGCUGACUGGGUCAUUUUCCUUCAGGUGGAAGCUGGCUCUUCGAUCGAUGCUUUGGCAGAAAAGGCUCAGGCGCUGCUGAGCGUCGGCCGCUGCCGAGUGGCAAAUUCUGCAGGGCAGAUCUUACCAGGGACAGAGACGGUACAGGGAGCCGGUCUGAAGUCUGGAGAUGUCGUGACUGUACACACGCAACAGGUCGAAGUGGCCUGUGCGCGGUGGCACGGAUGCAACCUCGCUGUUCAGCACAUCUUCUCUUCCUCCUGUGAAGCUGAUGUGACGCAGGUUGCGUGCGUCUCCAGCAUCCCGUGGAAGGCCAACAUCAUUGUCGUGCUGCGCGACGGCGAGGAGAGGGCUGGAGAGCUGUUCUGCAUCACCGACCGAUUCAUCGUGGUCAGGGCGGACGCAUCUGCUGGCCACAGCAACUUCUGGUGGCUUUCUGAGGCAGCCAUUCGUGAGGUUCGGAUGGAGCCGUCCGCCGCUGGGGUCGUGCCCUUUCGUGAACCCGCUGCAGCACGAAUGGCGCGGCGUGGUUGGAAAAAGUGGGUGGUGUUCGUGUGGUUUGACUUCCCGCGCUAUGGAGUGGCCGCCGUUCGCCCACAGCCCCAG